CGAGACCACCGCCAGAGCACUCCCAAGAGGUGUACUGCUUUGGUGGUUGCAGUCUCCCAAACAAUUUCAUCAAGUCUUCGCUUUCCUUGGAUCUUGAAAAAGGUCGCCGGUCCUUUCAAAACGCUGCACAAAACAAAAACAAAAACAAGAAGAAGAAGGAAAAAGAGCACAGUUGCAUUCGAAAGAGCAAAAAGAUGAAUAACAACAACAACAACAGUAGUACCCUCGAUCAAUCGACCAACUCAUCCUCUGAUCAGUCCUCUCCAUUGUCUGCCUCAGUGGUAUCCAGCUCAAGUCGAGUAGCCAGGCAGCCUGCCCCUCAUCGCUUCUCGACCCUAUGUGCAACUGUCGAAAAUCCCGAUCAGGACCACCAGGAUCGAUAUGGAUCGAGUAGCGUACCAAUUUACCAAAGUUCGACCUUCAAAGGCGUCGAUGGACUGUAUGAUUAUACUCGUAGCGGUAACCCCAGUCGGACAUUCCUUCAACACCAUGUUGCCAAAAUUUCCAAAGCCAAACAUGCAUUUGCCGUUAGCUCUGGUAUGGCCGCAUUAGAUGUCAUCCUGCGUACCCUCCAACCCGGUGAUGAGAUCAUAGCAGGAAACGAUCUUUACGGAGGCUCGAAUCGCUUACUAACCUAUGUCAAGGAACAUAAUGGGAUCAUCACUCACCACAUCGAUACCACCAACCUGGAAAACCUCAAGCCGUUCCUGGUCAAAGACAGUCGAGUACGAAUGGUCCUCCUCGAAAGCCCCACCAACCCACUCCUCCAAAUCGUUGACAUCGAAGCAGUCAUCAAUCUCGUCAAAGCCGUCAUCCCAGAGGCGAUCAUCGUCGUCGAUAAUACGAUGAUGUCCCCCUAUCUCAUGAAACCGCUCGAGUUCGGCGCGGACGUCGUCUACGAUUCGGGCACCAAAUACCUCAGUGGCCAUCACGACGUGAUGGCCGGAUUGGUGACCUGCAAUUCCGAUAAGAUUGCGAAACAGCUGGCCUUCGUCAUCAACAGUAUCGGCAAUGGACUGGCCCCCUUCGAGUGUUUUCUGCUUACCCGAGGGAUCAAGACCCUCUCCUUACGUAUGGACCGUCAACAAGCCUCUGCAAUCCGAGUUGCCAAGUACCUCGAUCAGUUGGGCUUCAAGGUCAAUUUCCCCGGUCUAGCCCAUCACAAGGGAAAAGAGAUUCACGACCGUCUGGCCAAAGGACCCGGGGCCGUGCUCAGUUUUGAGACGGGCGACAAGAAAUUGAGCGAAAAAAUUGUCAGCUCCGCCCGACUAUGGAGUGUCAGUGUUAGUUUUGGAUGUGUCAAUAGCUUGAUCAGUAUGCCUUGUUUAAUGUCUCACGCCUCGAUUGAUCCCGCUGUUCGGGCCGCCCGAAACCUGCCAGAAGAUCUGAUCAGGCUGUGUGUGGGAAUCGAAGAUCCAGAUGAUUUACUAGAAGAGCUACAAGCAGCCUUAGUCGAGGCAGGUGCCAUCAGGAUUCUUGAUGAGACUAGGGUCGACUCGGGUUACGAACGAGUCGGAAUGAACUCUUUACCGAUUUCUCCUGCGGAAGCGAUGAUACCCCAAAAAGACUAUCUCGGGUCCUCGGGAAAUCCCACCACCUUAUUGGUCUCAGCACCAGGGAAGAUCAUCUUGUUUGGGGAACAUGCUGUCGUCUACGGCAAGAAAGCGAUAGCCGCUGCCGUCAAUCGACGCUGUUACUGCUUCGUCGAACCGGGAGGAUACCAAACCAUCGAGACCGUCGCAUUAUGUCUACCCGACUCGGGUUGGUCUGGCUCUUGGCCAAUCAACCAGCUACCUUGGGAUUGCGUCAAGCCCACAGGCGAAGGUGAAUUACAUGUGAAUCCUCAACUAUCGCAGGCUCUUCUGACCAAGGUAGCGGGUCAAGCCGACAAAAAUAGCGUGCUCCAGGCUGCACAUGCUUUCUUAUACUUGUUCAUGCACUUGGCUACGAAGGAAAACAGACGUUCGCAAGUUUUCACAAUCCGUUCGACCUUACCAAUUGGAGCAGGUUUGGGUUCGUCGGCAUCAUACUCAGUUUGUUUGGCCAGCGCACUCCUUUACAGUCACCAACACAUCGCAAUCCCCACCCAAAAGGGCAUCGAGACAACCCAAGUAGAAACGAUCAAUCGAUGGGCAUUCUUAGGAGAAAAGAUCUUGCAUGGUAGUCCAAGUGGAGUAGACAAUACAGUCUCUAGUUUCGGAGGAGCGAUCUGUUUCCAGAAAUUGAUCGGAGAGAACGACCAACAAAAGAGGCAAUCGAUCGAACAGAUACAAGGUUUCGGAGCGAUCAGGAUCUUGAUUAGCGAUACCCAAGUACCAAGAGAUACCAAAUCCUUAGUCGCCGGCGUCGCCCAGAAGAAGGAGAAAGAUCCCAAACUUGUUCAGAGUAUCCUUGACGAAAUCGAGGAGCUUACAAUUUCUGCACAAGAAUCUAUCAAAGAAUUGGCGGUAAUUAAGCAACCGGAUUCGAAAGAUGGUCAGAACCCAGACCAAGAGUUGUUGAAGACGAAAAGGAAUAAAAUCCUCAAUCAAUUAGGACACUUAAUGGCUAGAAAUCACUCGUUACUUUCUUCUUUAGGCGUUGGUCACAGUCAACUCGACCUCGUUAAAUCGUUUGCUGCUAACUGUGGAUUGGAAACUAAAUUAACUGGAGCGGGCGGUGGUGGAUGUGCCAUCACAUUGAUACCCGACAAUUUCGAAGAAGAAAAAUUGUCGACAAUCGUUACGAAUAUUGAGGCUCACUCGAUGAAGGCUUAUGAAACUGAGAUCGGAGUCUCUGGGGUCGGAAUCUUGAAUAACCUUGAUCAUCAUCAUCAACUCCUGGAAUCCGUCAAGAAAAUUUAUCUGACUUCAGACCUCACCACUUUAAGUCAAUCUUUAUCUAAUCCCUCUCAAGCUCUCAGCCGUGUUAACCCUCAGCCCGACACCAUUUCGAACGGGGAUUCAUCUGCUCCAGGAGUCCCCACUCGGGACCUGUUUUGGAGCUUUGCUUAAUUACCAUCAAAACCAGAACAUUCUAUCUAUGCUUGCCAUCGUUACGAACAUACAUCUAUCAUUUUUUUCCCCUCAUGUUUUCUAUCCUCAGAAGAAGAAUGUUUUUUUUUUCAUUUCUUCAAUGUGUUUACGCAGUCAGAAAGAUGUGGUCCCCAAUCCCAUGAUGUCCCAUAACUUGACCCACGGUUUCUUUGUUUCCUCGCGUAUGUUUUCAUCAAUUCAUCCCGCCUGCAGAUCGAUCUUGGGUCAUUGUAUUACUGGUGCAUUACUGGUCUUCCUUAGACUCCUCCCCUCUAAAGUAUCGUACACCGUGCAAGUGUCUCUCCCAGCAACAACAGUUCAUUUCGCUUGAGGCUAAUGAGGGUGUGAUUUCAUGGUAUUAUAAAGGAAAUUCUGUCGAGUUAGGUCUACAACAUCAUAGCAUUCCUUUGUAAGUGUCGGAAAAUUAUUAUGUGACUGAGAUACUUAGUAGCCUGCACAUCCUGCAAUUCAGCCAAACAAAAGGAAUUGAAAUCAAGUCCGC